CUCAAUAGUGAGGUCUGCCGGAUUGGUAAUCGCUAUUCAGUAUUCACUAUUGCUAUUGGUAGCUUAAGAUAACCGGCAGCGCCGGUUAUUAUAGAGCGCUUUAUCGGUUGUCCAGUAUUCUACGGCUACGCUGUGUAUGCAGCGGCGCGACUCUACGGUGAAGUUCCUUAAAUACGCUUUUAUUUCCUCUUAAAAUCACUCGUCUAGUGAUAACUUAGAGAACCAAUUCAAUAUAAGCUAAUAAGGCGUUUCCUCGCCACAUUAAACUAGUGACCACUGACCAGUGAGUUGACCAGUGACCACUGACCAGUCUACUUAUUGGUGACAUCGAGGCAGGAAGUGUAGCGUAAUAAGUUCUGUUAAUAAAAUUCUCUUUAAAUUCAAGAUUGCAAUGGAAGAUUUAAGUUUCAUACCAAACUUGCUAAAUGGGCCAUUGGAUGUUUAUAGAGAUACUUCAUCAUUCGACUGGAAACGAUUAAAGUUGGCUCUUGAAGGAGAUAUUCAGUUAUUAAGACUUAAGUACAAAAUAUGGCAUACAUUAGAAAACGAUCCUCUAUUUGCCCACAACAUAGUCACACCACCUGUUGAAGAGCAGAAGAGAAUUACACAAAUGCAACUGCAGAAGAUCAAUCAGUACAAGUUCUUAACUGAUGAAAUAUUUAAUGCUGGCUACAUGAAAAGGACACGGACACUAAUGACAAUAAAUGAGGCUGUACAGUCACUGGCGCCUAGUGUUUCAGUAAAGAUGGCAAUUGGUAUUUAUUUGUUCUCAAAUGCAAUUUUAUCCCUCGGUACUGAACGACACAGACAAUUUUAUGAAGCCACUAUAAAGGAUAGAAAGUAUGUAGCAAGUUUCGCACUUACGGAGAUUGCGCAUGGCUCUGACGCUAAACUCAUGCGCACCACAUCUACUUACGACCCCAAAGCCAAGGAGUUCGUCAUACACACACCAGACUUCGAAGCUGCUAAAUGCUGGGUUGGUAAUCUAGGUAGAACGUGCACGCACACGCUGCUUUUCGCACAGUUGAUAACUCCCGAUGGCAAAAAUCAUGGUCUUCAUGGAUUUCUUGUACCGAUAAGGGAUCCUCAUACUUUGGAGGUAUACCCUGGACUCAUUGUCGGAGACAUGGGAGAGAAGAUCGGUGUUAAUGGAAUUGAUAAUGGAUUCAUAAUGUUCAACAAGUAUCGAAUACCUCGCGUAAAUCUUCUCAAUCGGACUGCUGAUGUCACGGAAGAAGGUGUCUAUGAGAGUUCAUUUUCUGAACCCUCACGGAUACUUGGAGCUGCACUGGAGAAUCUUUCAGCUGGUCGUAUCGGAAUAAUGCAGGAGAGCUGUCACUCGAUAUCUAGCUUAGUGGCGAUCGCAAUACGAUACGCCGCGACACGCAAACAGUUUGGCGAACGGCAAAACGAGACAGCCCUAAUUGAAUAUGAGUUACAUCAAUGGCGUCUUUUCGGGUAUGUCGCGGCCGCUGUUGUGUUCCGGUUCUACCUGCAGAACUUUGCGAAUGUGUAUCUUCAGAUAGUUGAGAAAUCAAACAGUGGUGACGGUGUCGAUAACUUGACAGAAGCAGUAUCAGAGAUUCACGCGAUGGUGUCCUGCAGCAAGCCUUUGCUGACCUGGACGGUGCUAGAAGCCGCACAGCAGUGCCGAGAAGCUUGUGGGGGACAUGGAUACUUGAAGGUUGCCAACAUAGGUGACAUCCGCAGUAACCACGAGCCAACAGUCACAUAUGAAGGUGACAACAACGUCCUCUCCCAACAAACAGGGAACUGGCUUCUUAAGCAAUAUGAAGCCGUACUCAAUGGACACGAUGUGGACUCGCCCUUAGGCACAGUCACUUUCCUGAAAGACAUCAAGACUAUACUUAAUAGCACCUUUACGUGUAAAACCACGGAUGAAAUGAAGAAUCCUAAAUUCAUAUUGUCAACAUACAAAUGGCUUCUAUGCUGGCUUAUAAAGUACACGCACGAGAAGAACGAAGCUGAGUUAGCAAAAGGUCUAACAAAGAUGCAGGCGAGGAGUCGAAGUCAAGUAUACCGAUGGAGAACCCUCACGAAGGUCUACGCCGAGUACCUCGCCCUGGUCUUCUGCCUCGAGAGCAUAGAGAAGACCGAAGCACAAUUACUUCCGGUUCUGAAACAACUAUUUUGUCUUUAUGGCUUAUGGUCCUUAGAUAAACAUUUGGUGGAAAUGUACCAGGGAGGGUUCUCAAAAGGAGAAGAGUUAGCGCGCCUUUUACGAGCGGCGAUCUUGGAAAUGUGCGCGGAUUUGAAGACCGAAGUUGUCAGCGUUGUGGAUGCGCUUGCGCCGACCGAUUUUGUACUCAAUUCGGUUUUGGGAAAGAGCGAUGGAAACUUAUACCAACACUUGCAAAAGGCCUUCUUCAGCCACCCCGGAGCCUUCGAACGAGCUCCAUGGUGGAGAGACGUCGUCAAAUCCAAGUUAUAAGCCACGGUUCCAUGUGCUGGUUGAACAUUGGAAUAUUCCCAGUUAUAGGUCUAUCGUAGUUCAAUGUUGCUUGCGGAAGUCUUGAUCAUAAUCUUGAGGAUUAAAAUGUUUCAAACAAAUUCGAUAUGUCAACUGUCAAACUCAUGUCAACUGUC